CUUUCACGCCGGGGAGCGACAUCGGUUUCUGCUUCUUUCUUCUUCUUCUUCUUCGCAACGCUUAACCUCCCGCGUGUGUUGUUCCUGAAUUUUUGCCGGCCUUCUCCUCGCUUAUUCUCUCUACAUAUUUGUUGUAUAUCUUUCGCUUUUCCUCUUCCCCUCUCAUUUUGUUUUUAAUUUUUCCGCCUUGUUUUCUGUUUGGGAUCGGCCUUGACCUGUCUACCCUUGCCGCCGACCGCCUUGUGCCCGUCAGGACACCGUGAGUUUCGACUGAGCUCGGAAAUCCCAAAUUCGAGUUUUUCAUAUUUGAUUUAGAGCUCAGUUUCUUUAAAAUCUCGAGUUUCAAGGGCUAAAGUGCUGGAUUACAUUCUGUAAAUAACCGACUGUAUCACUACACUUUGGGCUUAAGCUAACCUCUCAUUUUUUUCUAUUAAUCUUCCACACAUUUUGGGUCAGUUUUUCCUUUCAAAUAGCUGGGAGAAUAUUAUUUAACAAAUAGUAAAUACGGAACACGAGAUUGAAUCACAAUCAUGAUUUCGUGUGUAGUUUUUUUGUUGAUUCAAUGAGAAAUCAAGUCCUUUGAUGGCUGGCAAUCCUCUGUCUCAGCAUCGUUGCGUUUUUGUUGGGAAUAUACCCUAUGAUGCUACUGAAGAACAACUUGUUCAAAUAUGCGAGGAGUCCGGUCGUUUCCUUUAGAUACUGGAAAACAAAUGGUUAUGGGUUUUGUGAGUACAAGGAUGGAGAGACUGCUGUAAGUGCUCGUCGUAAUCUUCAGGGCUAUGAGAUAAAUGGUCGGCAGCUAAGAGUUGACUUUGCUGAGAAUGACAAGAAUGCUGACAGGAAUCGUGAACAGGGUGGUGGUGGUCCUGGUAUUCCCUCAAAUGUUGAUCCUUUAAAACAAUUGGGCGGUCCAGCUGGACAAUCCAGUCUUCAUCAGCCAAUGGGGGACUCAGUUGCUGUGACUGCUGCAACUGUCAUGGCAGGAGCUCUUGGGUCUGGACGUGGUUCAGUUGUCAUUGGGCAGUCGAGAGUUGUGAGUGACACCAUGGACCAAGUCAAUAGAGCAUCAAAAUUGGUGAAAUUGAAUGGUUCACAAGCCCUACCAUCUUCACGGGCAGUAAAUAUAGUCACACGAUUCCCAACUUCCAAUAUACCAGGAAGACAAGCCCCAAGAGCAGAAGAGACUCUGAAAUCUGACAAGCAGCAAGCUACACAGCUACAAGUCCCUUCAGAUGUCAAUCGAACCUUGCUUCAGCAAGUCCUGAGCUUAACUCAGGAGCAACUGAGUUCCCUGCCGCCCGAUCAGCAGCAGCAACUGAUCCAACUCCAACAAAUGCUUUGGCAGGCGACAUAGCUUAUGAUGUUUUGGUGCGGACUAUUUGUACUCCAUAUACAACAUAAAGGUCACGUCAUCCUUGUUUAAUGUCUUUUUUAGAGGAAAUUAAAAGGGCUAUAUGUCUUUAGGAGAUUUGCAUAUAUAAUAAAAGUGAGUAUGUCGGUCUUUAUGUGACAUUAGGAGAAAUAAAAGAAAGCGAAAUUUUGGUUUAUUGACUUUGUUCGACUGUCUUACAGUUUUCGUGUUGGCAUUUGAUCCGAAAUGUUGUGCUUGUUGAACUCCAAUGAUGUUUUUUGCGAUUUUCUUUUUGUCUUUGCAUUUGGUGGUAUUUGACGCUGAAAUUUGCUGCCCUCGGUAGUUUGUAU